CGUUCUAGAGACUACACGGAUAAUACUUCAAAGGGUGGACAUCAUGCGCGUUUUCGUGCUAUUUGCCGCGUGCAUGGCGGUUGCAGCCGCCGACAUCGGUCAGACUUUGCGCCAGCAAUACGACGCCGGAUAUAACGCCGGUCUUGUUUCAGCUUCUUCAGGAGCUUCGUCCGGAGCUCCGGGUAGCUUCGGGGCGUCUGGCGGAGGUUUUGGAUUCGGUGGUGGUUCUGGAUUCGGUGGAGGUUCUGGAUUUGGCGGAGGUUCUUCUGGAUUCAGCGGACCUUCUGCUGGAUCUGGUGCCGGAGCGAGAUUCGGCGGAAGUUCUGGAUUUGGUGGAGGCUCUGGCUUUGGCGGCGGUUCUGGAUUUGGCGGAGGUUCUGGAUUUGGCGGAGGUUCUGGAUUUGGAGGAGGUUCCUCUGGACUCGGUAGAGCGAGAUUCGGCGGAGGUUCCUCUGCAGGUGCUCGUGCACAGGCGAAAACCCAGGUCAAAUACAACGUCAGGCCAGAGAUCGUCAAAAAGCACUUUUUCUUCCACGCCCCUUCCGAGGCUGAGGCCAAAGCCGAUUCCCAAGCUCUCGUUUACAUUCAACCUCAGACGCACUACAAGGUUCUGUUUAUCAAAGCUCCGAAUCUAUCCGCUGGCGGUGGUGCUCGUGCUGCUGCUCGUACCCGAACUAAAGAAAAGACCAUUGUUUAUGUGUUGGUCAACAAGCAGGAUGGAGCUGCAGAUGCUGGAGCCGACGGCGCGGUCGAUACCUACGCCAGUGGCAAACCGGAGGUUUUCUUUAUCAAGUAUCAAGGCAAAUCUGAUGCUGGAGCUGGCGCGAGUGCUGGUGGCAUUGGAGGUGACUUUGGAGGUGCUGGCUUUGAUGCUGGUUCAUUCGCCGAUGCGUUUGGUUCUGCUGGUAGCGGGGAUUUCGAUGCUGGUUCUGGAGGUUCCUCGUUUGGUGCUGCUAAUUCCUUCGGUGGUUCUCCUGCCUUUGGAGGUUCUGAUGGCUUUGGCGGAUCAUCGUUCUCUGAUGCUCGUAGCGAUGCUUUCGGUGAUGGCUCUGGAGGUUCCUCCGCUUUCGGUGGUGCUGAUGCUGGAUCCUUCGGUGGUUCUUCUUCCUUUGGAGGUUCUGAUGGAUCAUCUUUCGCUGAUGCUCGUAGCGGUGCUUUCGGUGCUGGCUCUGGUGGUUCUUCCGCGUUCGGUGGUGCUGGAGCAGGAAACUACGACGUUACUUUCGAACCUGUACCGACGUUUGCCUCCGGUGCUGGUUCUUCUGCUAGUUCGUACUCGGGAGGCGGUAAUACAGUUUUUUAAAGGGAACUCAGAGCUCUUUUCAACAUGCAAAGCGAUUUACGGAAAAACAAUUAAAAUAAAUGUGAAGCACUAGAAUAUGUCGAUAGAUGGGAUUCUAAUCCUUUUUUUAUGAAAGUGUCGAUUUAAGAAUUUUGUUGAGGCGCAAAAGCGAACGAAAAAAAAAACAGCGAGAGAGAGAGAAAUAAAAAUCAUAAGUCGAAUAUGACUGCCUAAGAAGUUUGCAGCUUGAAGCAACCUUCACACUAUAUAUAAGAUAUUCGAAA